AUGCCAAAAAGGAAGAGUGAUGAGGAUAGUGAUGAAUACAUUAGACGCAAGAUGAGGAAAAUAGAAAAGAAAUUGCGCAGGCGCAAUAAACGUUCUCGUCGUUUAAGUUCAAGUAGCAACGACUUGGAAUCAAUCUGUGCGUCGCCCGUGCUGUCACUACCUAAAGAUGGCCUACCUUUGAUCAUUAAUGAUGAACAACAUGGCCUACCCACACAAAAUGUGGAUCUGGAAAAUCUGGAGCCUCUUCCAGGACCAUCCUCACCAGUUCUAACUGUUUCGGAGGAAUAUCCUUUAGACGACGAUAUCCUCGAGAUGCUAGGGCUUACAAAGGAAACUCGCAAAGAACUACUAGAUAAACAUCUUAUUCCUAGUAAUUGCACUAAGUUAGCUGCCCCGCUUUUAAAUUUAGAAAUAAAAGCGGCAUUGUCAGACACUUUGAUAGGCAAAGAUAAGAGCACUGAGUACAGGCAAAAUCAAAUUGCAUCAGCAAUUUCGUGCAUUGGAGUGGCUCUGACAAAGAUAUUUAAAUCGGACUCAAAAGACUCCACGAUAAUAAAACCUUUACUUGAGGGUGCUCAAUUACUGUGCGACUUUCAAUUCUGCGAGUCAAUGAAAAGAAGAAGCCUUAUUUGCGCCUCUAUCAAGAAAGAAAUUAAGAGCCAAUUGUAUGAAACCGAAAUUGAUACCUACCUAUUUGGCGAGAAACUGGCUGAUACUCUUAAAGCUGCUAAAGCUAUCAGCAGGUCGGCCUCUGAGAUUAAAGCAUCUAAGCCCAAGACCACAAUAGGACGUCCUCAGUCUCGUUCUUUAAACUCCAAGCCUCAGCCGGUGACCAGCAGGCAGCCAGCAACGGCGACAGUAUAUGGUACCACUGCCACCACCACCGCCGCCACCCCCUCCACCACUACUGCUGCCGCCGCCGCCAUUGCAGUCACAACAGCGAUCCAGGCAGCAGCGCCCCUAUCAACGACGCUAGACUCGCACGGCAACGUUACCGCAGUUCAAACUUAUGGCCGGAAAAUUAUCAGGGAAGCUUAUGCCAGAAGAGGUGUACCAUCAAAUUCAUUAGACGUAAUCUGUGCUUCUUUAUCAAACAAUUCAGAAAAACAAUACACUGUGGCAUUUAAACAAUGGUUCAGUUUUUGUGAUGGAAAUAAUGUAGAUUAUUAUGAGGCGUCAAUUCCCAAAAUUAUUUAUUUUCUGACAGAUGAAUUUAAUAAAGGGUCUCAAUAUGGGACACUUAAUAGUUACCGUUCCGCCUUGUCAUUAAUUAUAGGAACACGGGUGUCCUCCGAUGAUAGAAUUCGAAGACUUUUUAAGGGCUUUUACAGACUCCGUCCGCCUUUACCAAAAUACAAUAUCACUUGGGAUACAUCUAUCGCAUUAGAUUUUUUGGCAAAUUUAUAUCCUCAUAACGAAAUUUCUUUAGAACAAUUAACAAAGAAAACAGUGACUUUAAUAGCACUCAUCACUGCCCAUAGAGUGCAGACCUUAUCGCUAAUAAGGAUCGCACAGAUUACACGUUGCUCUAAUAUGAUUUAUAUAAAAAUACCGGAUAUAAUAAAAACCUCAAGAUUAGGCGCCCACCAACCGUGCCUUAAUAUACCGUUUUAUCAGAUAAAGCCUGAAAUCUGUCCUGCACUUACCUUGUUAAAUUAUUUAGAUAUUACUCGUUCAUUAAGAAGUGAUAACGAUGAUUUCUUAUUCAUAAGUCAUAAGAAACCCAAUAAGUCUGUUACCAGUCAAACUUUAAGCAAAUGGAUAAAGAAUACACUCUAUGAGAGUGGAAUUGACACCUCAAUAUUCUCUGCCCAUUCCACCCGACAUGCUAGUACCUCCGCUGCUAGCAGACUCGGUGUGAAUAUCGAUGUAAUUAGAAGUACUGCCGGGUGGAGUGGAAGUUCCCAUGUGUUUGGAAAGUUCUAUCACAGAGGCAUUGAUAAUCAUAAUACAGAUGACUUUGCUUUAUCAAUCUUAAGAAACUAA